UGAGUCUCAGGUUACACUGAAACAGGGAGAGAAAAUGAAACAGAACCUCAGAACCCAUUUUUGAAGAACAAGUGGAUUAAAAAAGCCUGUGUCGGAUUUAAAGACUGGUUGAAGUCCAGAAGAUGGAAGACUGGGAUCUAAAGAAGGACAGACCAGAACCUCCAGAAUCCAGCUGUCCAUCUAUGAGGAGUGACUGGUCCAAAGAUAGACCUCCAGUAUUCAGUAAUGAACCUGGACCUUCAGACCCAGAAGAUCAGAACCACAGACAGAGAGCAGAACCUCCAGAAUCCAGCUGUCCGUCUAUGAAGAGUGACUGGUCCAAAGAUAGACCUCCAGACUUCAGUAAUGAACCUGGACCUUCAGACCCAGAACGGAGGAAGAGUAGCAGCCCCUACUGUGGAGAAAUACCCAGAACAGGAGCUGGACUGCUGACAGCCAAUCAGAGCAGCUGUUCACCAGCAGAUGUUGGUCUGCAGGAGGUUCUAGAGGAACAUAAGAUCAGUCUGAGGAGGAGAUGUGAAUGUGUGACUGAAGGAAGUGAUGAAACAGGAAGUAGAACCCUCCUGAACAUGAUCUACACUGAUCUCUACAUCACAGAUGGACAGAGUGAAGAGGUUAAUACCCAACAUGAGGUGGAGCAGCUGGAGACAGCUUCCAAGAACCAGAACCUCCAUGAGUCUCCAAUCAGGUGCCACGACAUCUUUAAACCCUUACCUGACCAGCAUGGAGCCAUCAGAGUAGUUCUGACCAACGGCGUCGCUGGUGUUGGAAAAACCUUCUCAGUGCAGAAGUUCACUCUGGACUGGGCAGAGGGCUUGGAGAACCAAGAUGUCAGUGUGGUGGUUCUGCUUUCGUUCAGGGAGCUGAACUUGAUCAGAGAGGAGCAGCACAGUCUUCUCACGCUGCUCCAUGUUUUCCAUCCAACACUCCAGAAGCUCCCAGCAGAGAAGCUGGCUGUCUGUAAACUUCUCUUCAUCUUUGAUGGCCUGGAUGAAAGCAGACUUUAUCUGGACUUCAACAACAGUCGGCUUGUUUCUGAUGUCACCCAGAAGUCAUCAGUCAACGAUCUGCUGACAAACCUCAUCAAGGGGAACCUGCUGCCCUCGGCUCUCGUCUGGAUAACUUCCAGACCUGCAGCGGCCAAUCAGAUCCCUCCUUCAUGUGUUGCCAGGGUAACAGAAGUACAAGGCUUCACUGAUGCUCAGAAGGAGGAGUACUUCAGGAUUAGGUUCAGUGAUAAAGAGCUGUCCAGCAGAAUCAUCUCCCACAUCAAGACCUCCAGGAGCCUCCACAUCAUGUGUGGAAUCCCAGUCUUCUGUUGGAUCACUGCUACAGUUCUGGAGAACAUGUUGACCACAGAGCAGAGAGGAGAGCUGCCCAAGACCAUGACUGACAUGUACUCACACUUCCUGCUGGUCCAGACAAGGAGAAAGAAGAACAAGUACCAUGAAGGACAUGAGAGGAGUCCACAGGAGCUGAUGGAGGCUGACAAGGAAGUUCUUCUGAAGCUGGGGAGGCUGGCAUUUGAACAUCUGGAGAAAGGAAAUAUCAUGUUCUACCAAGAAGACCUGGAGCAGCGUGGUCUAGAUGUCACAGAGGCCUCGGUGUUCUCAGGAGUUUGUACAGAGAUCUUCAAAAGAGAGAGUGUGAUCUUCCAGAAACCAGUUUACUGCUUUGUUCAUCUGAGCAUCCAGGAGUUUCUGGCUGCAGUCUACAUGUUCCACUGUUUCACCAACAAAAACACAAAGGUGAUGAAGAGAUUUCUGGGACAGAAAUACCGUGAAAGAUCUCUGGAGGGCUUCAUGAAGAGAAUCAUAAAGAAAUCCCUCAGCAGUGAAAAUGGUCACCUGGACCUGUUUGUCCGCUUCCUUCAUGGCCUCUCUGUGGAGUCCAACCAGAGACUCUUAGGAGGUCUGCUGGGUCAGACAGAAAACAGUCCAGAGACCAUCCAGAGAAUCAUCAACACCCUGAAGAAGAUGAAUACUGAUUAUAUCUCUGCUGAGAGAAGCAUCAACAUCUUCCACUGUCUGAUGGAGAUGAAGGAUCUCUCAGUUUUUCAGGAGAUCCAACACUUCUUGAAAUCAGAGAACAGAUCAGAGAAGAAGCUCUCUGUGUUCCAGUGCUCAGCUCUGGCCUACAUGCUGCAGAUGUCAGAGGAGGUUCUGGAUGAGUUGGACCUGAAGAAGUACAACACAACAAAGGAGGGACGACUGAGACUGAUUCCAGCUGUGAGGAACUGCAGAAAGGCUCGAUUGAGGGACUGCAGUUUUUUAGAUAUUAGCUGUGCUUCUCUGGUCUCAGCUCUGAAGUCCAACCCGUCCCAUCUGACAGAACUGGACCUGAGCUUGAACAACCUGAAAGAUUCUAGAGUGAAGGAGCUCUGUGGUUUUCUACAGACUCCUCUCUGCAAACUACAGAUAUUGAGAUUGUGGGACUGCAGUUUGUCAGAGAUCAGCUGUGCUUCUCUGGGCUCAGCUCUGAAGUCCAACCCAUCCCAUCUGACAGAACUGGACCUGAGCUGGAACAAAGACCUGAAAGAUUCUGGAGUGAAGGAGCUCUGUGGUUUUCUACGGACUCCUUUCUGCAAACUACAGAAAUUGAAAUUGUGGGACUGCAGUUUGUCAGAGAUCAGCUGUGCUUCUCUGGUCUCAGCUCUGAAGUCCAACCCGUCCCAUCUGACAGAACUGGAUCUGACUCUGAACAGCCUGAAGGAGACAGAUGUUCAGCAGCUGGAGGCUCUUAAAAAUAAUCCAGACUACAAACUGAAUGAUGUGUGGAGCUGAUGAUCUGAUGAAGGAGAGAAGCUGAGCUGUGUCCUGAUGAUCCACAGAGGUUGAAGCUGCAGCAGUUUGAGUUUAAAGAGACUCUGACUGGAUCAUGAUGAUGAACUCUGAGUUUAGAGAUUUUUAUCCUGUUUAUUUUAUCAUGUCUGUCAUUUAGAGUCUGAUAUUGUUUGUCUCUUUAGAUCAAUGGAGACUAAGAAAAAGACACUUUAGAAAACUAUUAGAUAAUUUAUACAAAGAAUCAAGCAAAAAUGACACAAAAACAUUGUUCCCUGGAUAAAUGCAGACAUUAUAAAACUCAUGAAAGAAUGAGAUCCAACUCUAAAAAUAACAAAUAAAACUAAAUCAAGUCAUGACAGAGGAUGUUUCACCAUGUUGAGAAAUAAAGUGAUAAGAUUAUUCAGAAAAGCAAAGCCAGACGAGUGGUGGUGGUGCAGAGGUGAAGCACUCAACCCAUAUUCAGAGGCCUCAGUCCCUGUUGUGGGUUUGACUCCGGGUCCAGGCGAGCUUUGCUGCUUGUCUUCCUUCUCUCUCCACCCCUUUUCUGUCAACUUCCUGUCAAAAACAAAAAGAGAAAUAUAAAGGCCACUAGUGCCACAAAUAAAAGCAAAGGCAGAUUUCUUUGUCACAAAAAUUGAAAAAUCAAAUGGAAAUGUUAAAAUAAUAUGAAAUCAGCUAAGAAAAAUGACCAGCCUAGAAAUUUAAAUAAAUGAGCAACUAACAAAUAAUAUUUCAGCUUUAGCAGAGGCAUUCAAUUAUUAUUUAAUUGAUUCUGUGGCUAACAUAGCAAGAUGUUUUACACCUGUGGAUAAAUACAAUGUUUCAACAAACACAAGUCCACCAAUAUUCAGUUUAAUAAAUGUGACAGAAACAGAGGAAUCACAGACCAUUAAAUCACUCAGACCAUCCAGAUGUUAAGAUAUUUUUGGUAUGGAUACAGUGAUGCUCAAUGAGCUCAGUACAUCAGUCACACGCCCCUCACCAAAAUGAUCAAUCUGUCUAUUUGACAGAAUAUGUUCCCAAGCAUGUGGAAACCAGCUGUUGUUGCUCCCAUGUUCAAAGGUGGAGACCCUCAUUCUAUGGAGACUACAGACCCAUAAGUAUAUCGCCUUCAGUGUCUAAGAUUGUAGAGGAACUGGUAGCAAAAUAAAUCAUCAGUCAUCUAAACUCCAAACCCUUUGCUCUCCACUCUAUGUAGUUUGGCUUUAGAGCUAAUUACUCCACCCAGACUGCUGCUUGCUUCUUUACUGAAAACAUCAGAGCUCUGUUGGGUGGAGGUGGGGUUGUUGGUGCUGUGUUUCUGGAUCUCAAAAAGGCCUUUGACACUGUCAACCAUAACAUUCUGCUGACAAAAUUAUGCAGUUUUAAUUUUUCCCCAGUUGCACUUAAAUGGAUUGAGUCUUAUCUUACUGACUUCUCCCAACUUAACCACAGAACAUUAAACCAGCAGCCCUUAGUCUGUCUACUGGUCUACCUCAAAGUUCUAACUUAGGACCUUUACUGUUCUCACUUUAUAUAAAUGACCUCCCUGUUUGUGUUGAUGUAUCUGUUCAAAUGUAUGCUGAUGACACUGUAGUUUAUGUUCAUGGUAGUAAUAUCUCACCAGGGGUCUGAGGAGCUCACUAACUCAGUGGAUUUUAUCACAGCCUGGUUGAAACACUCCUGCCUGCAGUUAAAUACUUCUAAAACAGUGGAAAUGUUUUUCACUAAAUCCAAUAGUGUUUCCAGUGUUGAUAGAAAUGUUAUUAAUAUGCACUGUCCCUGUGAUAAAAAAAAAUAAAUAAUACAAAAAAAGAUUAAAUUUACUACAUGGAGCAUUUAGUGGCUCCAUGUAGUUUUUAUCUGAAUUUGAUUAAACUGUAAAGUUGAUCUUUUUUCUCACUGAUUCAUUUUCAGCCUGUAACCAAGAAACAUGAAAUAAAACCUCAAUUCAGAUGUU